CUCAACCUUGGAAGCUUUAACUUGCCACAUCCCAAUGUUAUAUAUACUUCUUUGAACUUCCCACCCUUUUUUUGGCGUCUUCCAGCCAAGCUUUCAGCCCAAGGCCUCCCGUUUCUUUCUUUUUUUUUCUGUUUUAAACAUUUGUAUUUCUCCCGUGAUGCAGGUUGGGAAAAGAUGUUGACGAUGCUUGCCCGCCCGCCCUGCGAACAGGCAGGCUUCCGAGUGCUCUCCAGAAGUCCAACCAUUGUUGCUUUGGUAUUCCUUCUUCUAAGCAUCAUUGUUAUUAUUGCUAUUACACUUAUUCAGAUCAACCGAAAAGAGGUCCUCUCUCCAGGACUGAAGUAUGGAAUAGUGCUCGAUGCCGGAUCAUCUCGGACUACUGUCUAUGUUUACGAAUGGCCAGCAGAAAAAGCAAAUGAUACUGGAGUAGUAAGCCAGACCUUCAAGUGCAACGUGAAAGGCCCUGGCAUAUCCAGUUAUGGGUCUAGCCCUCGAGAUGUUGCCAAACCCAUUGAUGACUGUAUGAAAAAAGUCAAGGAGAAAGUUCCAUCCGAUAUGCAUAAAAAUACCCCUGCCUAUCUGGGAGCUACUGCUGGAAUGAGACUACUGAGGUUGCAAAAUGAAACGGCAGCCAAUGAAGUCCUUGCAAGUAUUCAAAGCUACUUCACAACCCAACCCUUUGACUUUAGGGGUGCACAAAUCAUAACUGGGCAAGAGGAAGGGGUGUAUGGAUGGAUUACAGCCAACUAUUUAAUGGGCAAUUUCGUGGAGAGAAACCUUUGGAGGACAUGGAGCCAUCCUCAUGGAGCAGAGACCACAGGUGCACUUGAUCUAGGAGGAGCCUCCACACAAAUAUCAUUCAUCCCAGAGGACACCCUGAAGACUUUCAAUAGCACAUUACAAGUGCAUCUGUAUGGUUAUGAGUACAAUGUAUACACCCACAGCUACCAGUGCUAUGGGAGAGAUGAGGCUGAGAAGAGGCUCUUAGCAUCACUAUUGCAGAAUUCAAGAAACAAGUCCAAGAUUGAUAAUCCAUGUUAUCCACAGAAUUAUGAAACUGUUUUAACAAUGAAACACGUGUGUGGAAGCCUUUGCACACAGUCUCUAAGACCAGCAAAUUACAACCCAGACUGGCUCAUACAUUUCAGAGGAACCGGAGACACUGCUCUCUGCCAGGAGGUGGUGUCCUUAUUGUUUAACUUCACUGCUUGCAAUGACAAGGAGGACUGUUCAUUUAAUGGCAUCCGUCAGCCAAAGGUUAAAGGGAAGUUUGUGGCCUUUUCUGGAUUCUACUAUACAGUAAAUGCUUUGAAUUUAACUGGACAGUUUUCCCUUACUGAUUUUAAUUCAAGCAUGUGGCUUUUCUGUUCACAGAACUGGAACCAGCUUCAGUAUAUGCUGCCUAAAUUUGAAGAAACCUAUGCUAGAUCCUACUGCUUUUCAGCAAACUUUAUCUAUUACCUGCUUAUACAGGGAUACAAAUUUAGUGCAGACACCUGGUCUCAAAUACAUUUCCAAAAAGAGGUGAGGAUGAGUUGGUUUUUAUUGUUUUAAUGUUUUAUUAACAAUUC